AUGUCCCCUCCAUCAGCUAUCCAGCAAUCCCUUACAGAGUCUGCAGUUGCGUCAUCAAUUGCCGUCCAUAACCGUACUGAGACAACAAAUGUUGGCACUGCGGCCGUUCCUGUCACUUCAUCCUCAACCCCCGACCUCCCUGAGCUUGAUGCGUCAAAGCUAAAAAUCACUAUUACUAAGAACCCGAAACCCUUCAUUGAGGACGUUUCUGGCAUAGAAUGGGGCAACCAGGAUGUUUGUACGGAUCAUAUGAUCACUGCGAAAUGGACUGACGCAACCGGCUGGGAGGCCCCCGAAUUGAAACCGUACGGGCCACUCGAAGACCUCAUGCCUACUGCCUCGUGCUUGCAGUAUGCCACUGAAUGUUUUGAGGGCCUUAAGGCGUAUCGUGGCUAUGAUGGCGCCGUGAGAAUGUUCCGUCCAAACCGUAACGCGGCGAGAAUGUUGAUUUCCAGUACCAGAAUUGCACUGCCUAGUUUCCCCCCAUCAGCAUUGGAGGAGCUUAUCAAGACCCUAAUUGCACAUGAUGCGCCAAAAUGGCUGCCAAAACCAGGAACUUGCAUUUAUGUUCGGCCUACCAUGAUUGGGACUGGAGUGGCAUUGGGUGUGCAAAAACCUAGAGAGGCGAGACUGUUCAUUGUUGCUGCCUUGUUUCCCAUACUAGAUACGAAACCGAUGAAGUUGCUUGCUAGCAGCGAGAAUUCAAUUCGAGCCUGGCCCGGUGGUUUUGGUUAUGCCAAGGUUGGAGCAAACUACGGCCCUUCCCUGAUGGCCCAGAAAGAGGCCCAGUCUAGAGGAUAUGAUCAGAUCCUUUGGCUCUUCGACAAAUCUUGUCUUGUGACUGAGGCUGGUGCCAGCAACUUCUUUGUUAUCUGGCGCAACAGAGAGACAAACAAGUUGGAACUUGUCACCGCUCCACUGGAUGACAAAAUCAUCCUUAAUGGUGUCACCAGGCGUAGCCUGCUUGAGCUUGCCCGAGCCCGCUUGACUGGUACUGAGGGCGAAAUCGAAGGGUUGGACGUUAUUGAGAGAAAGUAUACCAUGCAUGAAGUGGUCGAAGCCGCUCAAGAAGGUCGUCUUAUAGAAGCAUUUGCUGCCGGCACUGCCUACUUUGUUACAUCUGUCAUCGACAUUCACUUCCGUGGUGUGGACAUCCAGCCACUUGAGAAGGCUGGGAAAUAUACACUAUUACUUAAGAACUGGCUUCAGGGUAUUGUGUAUGGCAAAGAGCGUCACGAAUGGGCACACACCAUUAAAGAGGUCGGCUUCAAGUCUGGACCUCAGAUGAAGAUGAGAUCGAGGCUCUUGCACAAAAGAUUAGAGAGAUGA